CUGAAGAGCGAAUUCGGAUCCGUUCCGAGAUCAUCGGAGAGCCUUUUCGAUUUAUCAGACCCAUUUACCGGGGUGUUGACGAAAAUGAAUGAGAAAGAACUGCUCCAUGGGCUGAACGACCGUUUCGCCGGAUUCAUAGAGAAGGUGCGUCAUUUGGAGCAUCAAAAUGAAUUGUUUGAGAGGGAAAUCGAGGAAAUCAAACUAAAGGCACAGUCCCCUGCGUCUCUGGCCCAGGAGCACGAGACGGAGCUUAUGGACCUGAGGAACCUAGUUCAUGACAUCACCCUUCAGAAGCGUCAGAUCGAGAUAGAGCAUCAGAACCUGGAGGAAGAUUUCCUCACCUUGAGAGACAAGUACGAGCAGGAGGCACGUGACCGCUCGGAUGCAGAGAACGGCAUCCUUGUGCUGAAAAAGGACGCCAACGAUGCAUACCUCGCCAAACUUCAGUUGGACGAGAAAGCGCAGUCUCUGGUGGACGAGAUUCACUUCCUGAAGAAGAACCAUGAGGACGAGGUAUCAGAAAUGGUGGCCCAGAUCCAAGAGGCUCAAGUAACGGUCAAGGCGCACGACUUUGGCAAACCUGACAUCACUGCGGCUCUCCGGGACAUCCGUGUGCAGUUAGAAGGUCACGCCACCUCUGACUUUCAGCAGGCCGAGGAGGGCUUCCGUAUCCAGUUCGCAAAGUUAACCAAAGCGGCAGAGAGCAACAGAGAGGUGCUGAAGGCGACCCAGCAGGAGAUCCAGGAGAAUAGAAGGCGCCUGCAGGGGAAAACAAUUGAACUGGACUGUGGGAAAGGAAUGAGAGAGGCCCUGGAAAAACAACUACAAGAGCUGGAGGAACGUCACUAUGCGGAAAUGAUUCAUUACCAGGUAGACUUUGGUUUAUUUUGUACCUCUAACAAUUGUAAGUAA